AUGGAAAACGUCCAUAAUAAAUUAGAAUUAGAAAUAGACAAAAAUAGUAUAUUCUAUAAACUUGGUAGCGCUGGAUUGAUAAGCUUCUCAGAUUACAUUUUCUUACUAACAAUCCUUUCAAUAUCAAGAAGACAUUUUGAAAUAGCUUUCCGCAUGUUUGACUUCAACGGCGACGGAGAUGUUGAUUCCAAAGAGUUCAGAAAAGUCGCAACACUAAUAAGACGGCAAACGAGUACCGGAAACCGUCACUGCAACAAUCCUAACACUGGUAACAUCUACAAAGGAGUAAACUCAGCAUUGACCACUUACUUCUUUGGAUCCAAAAUGGACCAGAAAUUGACAAUCGAAAAGUUUCUCGACUUUCAAGAACAGCUACAAAAAGAAAUUUUAAGUCUUGAGUUCGAACAUCGCAAUCCUGAUGCAAAUGGUAAGAUAACAGAAACAGAUUUCACAGAACUGUUGCUAGCCUACGCGAGUUAUUCCAAGGACAAAAGAAUGAAAAUACUAAAGAGAGUGAAGAAACAGUUCAGAGAUAAUCUUCAAGGAGUCAGCAAAGAAGACUACUUAAAAUUCUUCAAUUUUUUAAAUAACAUUAAUGAUGUCGCUAUAACUUUGACAUUUUAUCAUAUUGCCGGCGCGUCUAUUGAUCAAGCUACCUUGAAACAUGUAAUGCGUACAAUAGCACACGUUGAAUUGAGUGAUCAUAUUAUUCAAGUCGUCUAUACUAUUUUUGAUGAAAAUUUGGAUGGACAACUGAGUAAUCGCGAGUUUGUAGCAGUGAUAGAGAAUCGUGUUUGGAGAGGAUUGGAUAAACGCAAGGACACUGGAUUUGUAAAAUUAAUGCAAUCAAUGAUGAAAUGUGCAAAAAAUAGUUAUUGAUUUGAUAAAUUAUUUAGAUAUUAGAAUAGUUACUAAUUAUUCAUAAAUUUAUUCCUGUCAACUUAUGUAUAUAUCUCUCAACG